CUUAAUCACACUCAAAACACGCAUUAACGAUAAGCCCCGGUGAUCAAACAUAUGGCUCUCUCUCUACUGUGUGCGUGUCUGCAUUACAGCACCAUGUUACCGAGGGCUCCACUGCGGAAAAUUCCAAUGCCUGGUGAUGCCACCAAUAACACCCAAUUACCCUCCACUUUAUCUCUCUCUCUCACUACACCUCCAAAUUUCCCAUUUCUAACUCAUAGUUUCAUUGUUUGCAUUCUUUAAUCAUAGGAGAACUUCUAAGGUAUUGUCGUGAACAACAGAAAUGACGGACAUGGAGAAGCCGGCCGACGCCGAGGCCGAUACAAGGCCUGGCUCGGUCAAGGCAGCCGUGAGUUCUUACCGCAAGCGAAUCAGUGAAGGAAACUCCAAACUCAGCAAAUUCCAAACAAAUUUGCAAGAGAAGCCUUUCGUCAAAACAAGAGAGCUCCAUUGGGCGAAGAGAGACACUAACCUGUUAGCCGAGAGCAGAAAAAACGCAGAGUUGGUAACUGCUGAAGCGAGAUCCGAGCUGUUUGCUGCAAAGAAAAUGGCCAAAGAUCUAAAGCGAAGAAUUGAGGAGUCAAAUGCAAGAGCAAAAUCGCAGAUGGAGGACUUGGAGAAGCUGCAGAUGGGUGAAAGAGAGCAAGAAGAAUGGAAGAACGCAAAUUUUGAGUGUGAGAAAGUGAUGAGAGAGUUGGAAAUGGUGAAACGAGAACUGAGCAAGCUCAAGAUGGAUAUGGCUUCCGCCAUGGAAGAGAGGAGACGGGCGGAGAAAGAAAUGAACGAGUCCAUGUCGAAAAGAGAGUCUUACCUGAGUUCAGCUGAAUCGCUUAACAAGGAGAUUGAGGAGAUCAAUGAAGAGCACGUGCUGGUUGAGCUGGCCCGAAUUGAGGCCAUUAAGGAGUACGAACAAAUUGAAGCUCAAACAAGAGAUGAGGCAGAAAUGCACGCAUCUGCAAUAGAGGUAUUUCAGAAGAAAAAGCAGAACAUGAUCGAUGAAGUUGAAGAAGCAAAAGAACUGGAAGAAAGAUUGAUGAUCACCACGUCGGAUAUCAGUAUGUUAGAGAGUGAAAUCAAGCAAGUUAAGGAAAUUACACGGUGUGAGGAAGAAGCUGCCGACGGACUGGAUUCUGCAUCUUUGUUAGAGUCGGUGCUGAAAGAGCUGGCGGCAACAAAAGAGGAACUGAAACAAGUUAAAGAAGAAAGCUUCCAGUUUAUGGCUUCCAUGGAUGUUGUUCGCGAUGAGCUCAGGCAUGUCAUGGACCAAACAGCUCGAUUAAAGGAGGAGGAAAAGGAAUCAGAGCUGUUUAUUCAGUCUCUCAAUUCAAAGCUUCUGAGAGCCAAAACCAAGCUGGAAGCAACAUCUGCAGCUGAAGACAAGGCCAAAUUUAUCAUAUCAAAUCUCAAGCUCACGCUUGAACAGCUCGAAUCAGAAGCUGAAACACACAAGAAAGAAAAGUCUCUCAUCAGUGAAGAAACUGCACUUGUCAAGGCAGAAAUUCAGAAAUCAGAGACUCAGAUAGACUUGGCUGAGGAAAGAUUAGAAGCUGCAUUACACGAUCUUAAAGCUGUCAAAUCAUCAGAAGCAAUGGCGCUCAAGAAUCUGAAAUCUAUUAUUGAGAAGACAGUAAGAAAUAGAGCUUCAGCCUCUCGGCCUAGCUCAACAAUAACUAUUUCCAAGUUUGAAUACGAGUAUCUGAAAGGGAAUGCAGCUGGGGCCAAGGAAAUAGCAGACAAGAAGGUUGCAGCUGCUCAGGCCUGGGUUGAAGCUUUAAAGGCAAGUGAGAAAGAAAUUCAGAUUAAAGCUGAGCUCUUCAGAAGAGAAACUAGAGAGCUACAGGUAGAGGAGGAACGCGAGGUUCAUCAAACUGAAGGAUCAACAAAUUCAAAGAAAAGAGUUGAAAACGACUUUGAGAAAUGGAGGGAAAUGAUGGAACCUGAAAAGCUGCCCCCUGAGGCUGCACUUCAUGGAAAAGCCAUGAACAGAAACUUUAAAAGGACACCAACAAGACGAGGAAUGGCUCGGAGACCUGCAUCUCCAGUUGUUCAUGGUACUCCUCGAUCAACUUCUUUUACAGUCGGGAGGAGGAGAAAGGUAAUGCCAAAUCUAGCCAAGUUCUUCAGUGGAAAAACCAGACAUAGUGAUCUACAACCUAUAUAGAAACUUCACCAGUAAAGCCAUGCAUAACAUACCACUAAAUAAUGUUUUGCUAGGAAAGUCAAUCAAUUUUUGCUCCUUGUAUUUCGGGAUUGUAUGUGUUACCCUGUAACCCCAGAAAAUUUAUUUACCAGUUUCAGAGGGAGAAUGCUGUUUUCAUUGUUCAGUAACAGAAAUCAUUAUUUACUUCA